AUGACUAUCGCUGAUCCAGUGACAAUGUUACUAUCCAUCAUUCUCUGUGUAUUGCUGGCCAUUGCCUUUUAUGGAUGGAGAAGAAAGACCCCCAACUUUCCUCCUGGACCCACACCCUUACCUCUCAUUGGAAAUAUGCACAUCCUGGACUCGAAGCAGCCGUAUACAUCAUUGAAUGAGCUCUCGAAGAAGUAUGGUCCAAUAUACAGCAUCAAGAUAGGAGAGGAAACAAUGGUGGUCCUGUGUGGAUAUGAGACCAUAAAAGAUGCUUUGGUAAACCAUGCUGAUGAGUUUUCUGGAAGGCCGAUAAUACCACUCUUGCAAGAAAUCACUAAAGGACACGGAAUGACUUUUUCAAACGGUGAAAACUGGAAGGUGAUGAGAAGAUUUACCAUGUCCACUCUGCGAGAUUUCGGGAUGGGGAAGAAAACAAUUGAAGACAGGAUUCUGGAAGAAUGUGACUGUUUGGUGAAAGAGAUCAAAUCAUUUAAAGGAGAACCAUUUAAUAACACCAUGAUUAUAAAUGCAGCCGUAGCCAACAUAAUUGUUUCCAUAUUGCUGAGCCAUCGAUUCGAUUAUGACGAUUCCACGUAUUUGAGGCUUUUGGAAAUAUUUAAUGAAAAUAUCCGAAUCCUCGGCACUCCAUCAGUUAUGUUGUAUAAUGCGUUUCCAUCAAUACUACGUUGGUUGCCUGGAACUCACAGAACAGUCGUGCAAAACCAAAUAGAAAUGCAUGCAUUUAUUAGGGAGACCUUUACCACCCAAAGGAAACAACUGGAUGUCAAUGACCAGAGGAACCUUGUGGAUGCAUUCUUGGUGAAACAGCAAGAGGAGAAGCCCGAUCAUCAAUUAUUUUUUACCAAUGAAAACCUGACAAUGCUCGUGACCGAUCUCUUUUCUGCUGGGAUGGAGACCACAUCGACCACCCUUCGCUGGGGAAUUCUACUGAUGAUAACUCACCCAGAGAUCCAAAGGAAAGUCCAAAAUGAGAUUGAAAAAGUGAUUGGAUCGUCUCCGCCGCAGGCAGGUCACCGGAAGGACAUGCCGUACACAGAAGCUGUUAUUCACGAGAUUCAGAGAUUUGGAAAUAUUGUUCCGACCAACCUCUCACAUUCUACUACUCAAGACGUCAACUUCCGUGGUUACUUUCUUCCAAAGGGUACCCAUGUAAUUCCAUUGCUGACUUCUGUGCUGUUCGAUGAGGCCCACUUCAAAAAACCAGAGGAGUUUUAUCCUGAACAUUUCAUGGAUGCUGGAGGAAAUUUUGUGAAGAAAGAAGCCUUCAUCCCAUUUUCAGCUGGUAAAAGAAGCUGCGUUGGUGAGACAUUGGCCAGGAUGGAACUAUUUUUGUUCUUUGUAAGUCUUCUACAGAACUUCACCUUCCAGGCUCCUCCCGGGACUAAGUUGGACCUUACACCAGCAGUUGGAUUCACAAGGGGUCCUAUGAGUCAUAAAAUCUGUGCUGUGUCCCGUGUGUAA